GAUGGGUCCGUUGCCAGCAGAGAUCGUCGCUGUCGGCUCCGGCUCCUCUAGUAUCUUGGUUGCCACCUCAAGGAGCGGCGGCGGCUGGUGACGAUGAUGGAGGCAGCUGCGCCCGCGCCGGCGCCCGUGUACCGCACCUACCGGCGCCGAUGGCUGGUGCUCAUCGCCACCUGCGCCCUCAGCUGCUCCAAUGCCAUGUGCUGGCUGACAUUUGCACCAGUUGCCGAUCAGACCGCUCGCUAUUUCCACAUUUCCAUGGAUCAAGUCAAUUGGUUAUCGAUGGUCUACCUUGUUGUUUCUAUUCCAUUUGGCUUUGGGACGACAUGGAUACUGGACACACUUGGACUUAAAACUUCAUUGAUCCUGAGCUCAUGGCUGAACUUGGCUGGCUGUAUAGUGCAAUUGUUGAGUGUUGCAUUCUUCGUACCCAAAGACAGCUGGAAAUUUCCACUCCUGAUGGUGGGUCAGAGUUUCGGUGCAUUCGCACAGCCUUUGGUUCUUUUUUCUCCAACAAAGGUGGCAGCUCUUUGGUUUCCAGAGCAUCAAAGAGCUACAGCAAACAUGAUUUCAUCAAUGGCCAAUCCGUUGGGUAUUCUGUUUGCCAACAUCCUUUCUCCACUACUGAUGAAGGAUCCAUCUUCAAUGCCGGUGCUGCUGGGUGUCUACAUAGUUCCUGCAGUGAUUGCCUGUCUUCUUACAACAAUCGGCAUUCGGGAAACGGUCCCUCCAACACCACCUUCUGCAGGUGCUGCCAACUCUACCUCAGAGCCGUUUUUUACAGGGAUCGGGAUGUUGAUGAAGAACAAGGCAUAUGUGAUCAUGAUGAUCUGUUUUGGGGGAGGAAUCGGUAUUUUUACUGCCUUCUCUGCACUCUUGCAACAGAUUGUCUGUGUCCGGGGAUACUCAAACAGUUUUGCUGGGAUCUGUGGAGCCUUGUUCAUAGUGUUUGGAAUCCUGGGUGCAUUCGUGAUCGGCAUAUACGUGGAUAGGACGAGGAAUUUUAUGGAAACCACCAAGAUUAAUUUUUGUAUCACUGCUCUAGCUUGCAUUGGGUUUGCACUGGUUUCGCGGUUGAGUGGUCAGCCUGUCCUACUGGCCAUGGUGUGUUCACUGUUUGGGUUGUUUGGCUUUUCCAUCUAUCCGGUGGGCAUGGAGCUUGGCGUGGAAUGUUCGUAUCCUGUGGGUGAAGGAACAUCCACUGGACUCAUCUUUGUCUCUGGGCAGCUUCAGGGAGCUCUAUUUAUUUUCUUUUUGCCGACGUUGGCACAGCCAAUGACGAGCGAUGGUUCAGCGUGUCAGGUUGGAGUGGGAGCAGCACUUGACUGGACAGUUCCGACCUUGGUGCUGGCAGCUGUGUGCAGUCUGGAGGCUUGCUGCUUCGCCCUCUUCUUCCACACAGAGUACAAGCGGGUGAGUGCUGAAGGCUGUGGUGAGAACGCGUCUCUUCUCGACGGAGUGCCAACUGAAUGAGUGCAACUUUAUUGGCAACAUCUGUUCCAGGAGACCAGUAUAGUCAUUAAUUUGAGGUGUUUUUACAGGUGCAUAAUUGUAAAUAAUAUUGAACUGAUUUUAUGGAUUAAGUGGACAGUGAGGAAGAUUAUAAUUCCCAAUCAAUGUACGUUUGGCAAGGGUAUUUUUAUCUUUCAUUUUUCUAAUUUUUUUUUUUUUAAAGUGUAUAUUCGUAUGUUUAUUUUUAAAAAUGUACAGAGUAUAUUGCAACUAAGCCAGAUUUUAUUCUUAAUAUGUGAAAGUCCCUCUUGAGAUUGUGAAUGAGAAGUCCUGUAGUGAAGUUUGGAAUCGGAGGGAAAUGUAAAAGUGCCGGGGAUGUGCAGGGUGAGCCUUCUCUAUUCACAUCUAUUCCUGUAUGUUCAAUAACAAAGCAGAAACGCUGGAAGACCCAAAUGGCACAAUGUUUGAAAAGUAAUAUGCUGGGUCUCAUAUUUCAACAAGCUUGCAUAUAAUUGAGUAAAUGAGGAAUUAAAAUCGGCA